AAAUGCAAAGGGUUGCAGUAGCUGCUCCUUAACUGCAGUUUAACUCUCUGCGGUGAGGAUGUUUAUCUCUAAAACACCAGACUCCUCGCCAACAGGACACACAGCAGCUCCAUCUGACCGGCAGAACCGACCCAGAAGGACCCUGGAGGUUUGUUGUGAUGAAUGUGGGUCAGUUUUGACAAAGGAGUCCCGUGUCUACCGGAGCCAAUCAGGACGAGCUGAAACGGGUCAGGUAGCUGGAGAGGAGCUCAGAGAGAGCGAGGCCGGCCAGAGCAGCUACGCACAACAGGAGGUCAGCGGACUCACCAAGGCGAGGAUUAUGUCCAAACCCGUGACCAACGUGAAGGCCUUGCAGGCUAAUCUGAACAUCCCGAUGGGAGCGCUGCGUCCGGGGGCGGGACUUCCUGUCAGGAGGAGAGAGGAGACAGCGGACACAGAGGAGGCUCAACCACCAGAACUACCAGUGCGUCCCCCGUCACUAGAAGAGAAGAAGUCUUUGCAGAAGCUACCGGGCCCGGCCGUCAACCUAUCAGAGCUACAAAACAAAAAGAGCGAACUACGAUGGGUCACCAAGGAGUAACAUGAAAUUGAGCCAAAGAGGAUGGACGACAAUCUCCACAAACUCGGACUUUCCCUCUGCUGUGAAGGACUAGAAACACUCCAGCUACAAGAUAUCAGAGGAACUCCAACAAUCUGUCUAAAAUUACCUCUAAAAGUUUCCCUAAUUCAAUAUUUCAGAUUAAAAUACACAUUUAAGCCAAUGUAUAUUUUUAAAAAGUAGAAAUAUUCUGUUUCUGGGUUUGGAAGAUGAGAGGUGUUGGCCAUUAUUUGAGUAUUUUACGGUUUGUUUAGUUUAUUAGUUUAGAAUGAAACACAUUUACAGAAUCCUCCUUUAUACCAAAACAAAAUUAACCAACAUUGUAGGAGUUAACUUUAGACAUUUGAGCUUUUUAGUGCUGCGUUUGUUGAAGAGACAGAAGCGCUACUUCAGCAGAUUUUUACUCCAAUAAAAGUAAAAAGUUCAUUACUAUAAUCAAAUAUAGUAAUAAAAUAAUUCAGACAAAAUAAACACUUUCAAAUAUAUAUUUAUAUUUUCAAUUCAAAUUAUGAAACUAAUACUUAAAACAGGUAAUGUGUACAGUAUAUGUAAGAACAUUAUUUUUGCUGUUUACUGGAUUUUCUUCACCUUCAAAUAAAAUCAGGAGCACAAAGCUUGUCUAUUACAAAGAGGUCUCACUUCAACAUAAACUGUGGAAGUGUCCAUUUUUUGGCUAAAACGUGUUUGUUCUUCAUUCAGUGAAGUUAUUUGCAGUGAGUAGAGUUUACUCGAGUAGUAAUAAUAUUAUUAAUGUAAAACUAAACAGUACUCCUAAACGUUAACUGGCCUGUGAUUAAUUAUUUCUACUGUAUCAACUGAAGGGUUGAUUGAUUGGGGAUUGAAAGUUAAUAUUAUUUGUAUUUUUGUUGAUGUUUUUGUGUUUUCCAGAAAAUUGAUAUCACAGUAAAACCUAUAUAAAUAUAUAUAAAAACAACAAACCCAUUUUGUCAUUUCCUGUCAAACUAAAACAAAUCAUAUGUUUGACAUCAUCUGUUACUGAGUGGAAAUCAAAUAAAUGUAGCAUAAUUUCAUUUUAUACACUGGUGCAGAUUUUCAGUGGUUGAAUGAAAAGCAACAGGACUUUAGUUAUAGUCAACAAUCACACCAAUUGGGCGGUAACAUCAGUAAUCUGCUCUGACCGUAACUUACUCUGAUAUUUCCUGCUCAUGUUCAGAACUGAAGAAACCUUCUGGAUGAGUAGUGAAAAGUCUAGUUCCCCUUCAUUUGAGGAUUUGUCUUGAUUGUCUGCUUUAUUUUUAUUUUCAAGUGCUACCAUAUCUUUAAAAUUUUGGGAUUGUCAAUGACAACCGUGAGAUGGGUUGUAAUAAGAUAAAUAAUAUGUGACAAUUGUGGCUCCAACUGGGAAACAAAGAACUUAAUACAAUAAAAAACUCACAUUUUUGGUGAAAAGUUUUUGCCCCAGGAUGAGGAAGUUUAUCAGUUGUAUCAAAAUUAGUGUACUUUGCAAAACUGCAAAGGAAACACUUUUUUUUUGAGUCAUGAUCAAAAAUCGGAUGCUACUACUGAUGGGAAUGACAAAGAAGACGACAGGAAGUGGUAGAAGGAAAAUGGUGUGGCAUAAUUUUUAAUGACUUAUUGCAUGACCAAAGUUAUCCGGGUGUAAAUUUAAUGUAAUUUUUAUUUAAUGAAAGUACUGUAAUUGUGAAAUUGUGUUUUUUCGACAUUCGUAGAAUAUUAUCAAAGUUUUCCGCAGCUUUUUCUAAUACGGUUCUUCCUUAGGGUUGAGAUCUAUAAUUUUCUUUUCGUAUAUGGGUUGAAUUUAGGGAUGUUCUGAUCAGGAUUUUUGCUACUGAUUCCCAUACCGAUUACACAUGAAGCCAAUCUCAAUCCAAGCGAUCUCAAUCCAAGCGACUGUUAAUUUUUCGCUUUUGGGUAUAAAUGAUGCUAUGUGGCAAAAUUAAAAAAUGAUCUGCCAAUAAAUUCACCUAACUUAGACAAACAAGCAAAAUACUUGCAGGAACAAUAGAGCAGCUAUUCAGUCAAAAGGAAGAAUGAAAAACCUGCAAUAGUCAAACAACAUUUAACAUUUAACGUUUGUAAUAAGAUGACAGUUAUUUAAAUCUUUUGUAUGGCAACAUUAAAAAUAAUAGAGCAUCCUGGACAGAACAGAAAGACCCAGAAAGUGGACAAACACUGUUGCGUUUCUGCUGUGCGCCGCCAUUUUGAAUGUCAAGAGCUGUUCAUUCAGUGCUGGUUUUGCAAUGUGAUAUUUCUAAUUUUGGAAGUCCGUCAGCAAAUGGGUGCUGAAGGAGAUGAGAUCAGGUGUGAUUUCAGUACAAUCGGUACAUGCAAUAGUACCUUUAGGAUACCCCAAAAGAACAAUAUUCCUGUCUUUGGUUCAGAUCGAGGAAGGUCAAGUGUCAGCCAUUGUGAAUUGGUGAAAAUAUGUAGGGGAAUGGAAUUUUUAAAUAACAUAUUAAAGAAUUUAAACAUUUUAA